AGGAAUGAAAACAGAAUAGGAAGUUUCAAAAAAAUCAAUGGGAAUAGAUACCCGACAUCCAUACAGAAGGACGUCUGGGAAUCUAUAGGGGGAAAGAGAAGACUGAAUACUAAUGGUUGCUACCUGAGGGUUUAUAUAGGCAGAGUCGGGGGCAGAGUCUUCACUGCUGUCUUCAUCAAGAAACACAUGAAUGCAAAGGAUAUGAAAGAUAAUGUGACUCAAACAUUAGAUGAGGAUUUUGAUGUGGAAGGAGUGGAUAAUGAAACUGGAAUGGUGUUGUCAAAGAAGGGAUCUUUGGAAGAAGUCAAGGAAAAAAAUGGAUUACUCGCCGGGACCUGA